CAUUAGAAAUCUGAGUUGCUGCUGCGAAUUUAUCUUUCAGCCUCGGUACUGUUGGUGCGUGUGUCUCCUCUAUCUUUAAUCACGCACGGUUGCAGCAAUGGCGCUGCUGAACUCGAGCAAGGUUUUUUCAGCUGUUGGAGCGUAUAGACCCGCUCUGGGAGUGCUAUCUCUUCGCGCGAGCUCAUGGUGGUCUGAGGUACAGAUGGGCCCACCUGACCCCAUCCUUGGGGUGACUGAAGCUUUCAAGCGUGAUACCAACCCCAAGAAGAUGAACCUUGGUGUGGGGGCUUAUCGUGACGACCAGGGAAAACCCUACGUUCUUAACUGCGUCCGCAAGGCUGAGGCUCAGAUUGCUGCUAAGAAGCUGGACAAAGAGUACUUGGCCAUCGGAGGCCUGGCAGAUUUUAACAAGGCCUGUGCUCAACUGGCUCUAGGAACUGACAGUGAAGUCCUGAAGAGUGGCAGAAGUAUUACAGUCCAGACCAUUUCAGGAACCGGAUCUCUGCGUGUUGGGGCCAAUUUCCUGUCGCGGUUCCACACUGCAGUGCGUGAUGUGUACCUGCCGAAGCCCUCAUGGGGCAACCACACACCCAUCUUCAGGGAUGCAGGCAUGCAGCUGAAGGCUUACACCUACUACGACCCGAAGACUUGUGGCUUUGACUUCAAGGGAGCCAUUAAUGACAUCUCGAAAAUCCCAGAGAAGAGUGUGAUUGUCCUGCAUGCAUGUGCUCACAACCCCACUGGAGUAGACCCAAGACCAGAGCAGUGGAAAGAGAUGGCUGAUGUGAUCAAGAAAAGAAAUCUGUUAGUGUUCUUUGACAUGGCCUACCAGGGCUUUGCCAGUGGGGACACUGACCGGGACGCUUGGGCUGUGCGCCACUUCAUUGAACAAGGCCACAACAUUGUUCUCUCUCAGUCCUUUGCUAAGAACAUGGGCCUGUACGGUGAGCGUGUAGGAGGUUUUACAGUUGUGUGUAAGGAUGCUGAGGAGGCCAAGCGAGUGGAGUCCCAGCUGAAGAUUCUCAUCCGUCCUAUCUACUCCAACCCCCCCAUGAAUGGCGCUCGCAUUGCUGCAACCAUCCUUAACACACCUGAACUCUACAACGAGUGGUUGGUUGAGGUUAAAGGCAUGGCAGACCGCAUAAUUAAGAUGAGGGAGAUGCUUGUCUUGAACCUUAAAAAGGAGGGCUCCACUUACAACUGGCAGCACGUCAUUGACCAGAUCGGCAUGUUCUGCUUCACUGGCCUCAAACCUGAGCAGGUGGACCGUCUAAUUAAUGAGUACUCUGUCUACAUGACCAAGGAUGGACGUAUCUCUGUGGCAGGUGUGACCUCCGGAAACGUGGCUUACCUUGCACAUGCCAUCCAUGCUGUUACCAAGUGAAUCAAUUGAAUUGUAGAUGUUGUAUACUGUAGUGACAUUCGACUUGCACAAAAAAUGUUCUUUAAAAAAAAAAAAUCCCUUCUCUGGAGGGUGCUAGGUAGAACUACCCUGUUUAUGGUCAGCUCAUCUUGAAUGGCACUUUUAUUGUUUGCCUGUGAAAUGGAGAAAUUAAAGAUUGAAAGCACUGCACUUGUGAAUUUCCCUUUUGAGUUGUGAUAUUAAGGUUCCCAAAGAGUACAAUUUCUUACCGGCUCUAGUUUUACUUAUUUUUUUCAGCUCUAUUUAAACCAAUAAUCUGAAAAUUUGUACAUAGAAUAUUCUGAAUCCAAAGCAUUUGAGAGAAAAAUAUAUUUAGACAAAUGUGAUCAUUUGAGCUAGCAGGUUCGCCCAUUUAUGGUAAUGCUAAUUUGUGGUAUUUAAUUUGCAAACUGUUACAGAACUUUUCAUCUGAUUGGGUCCGUGUUCUUUGUCCCACUAAUGUUCAUGGGCAUUUAAUUAUGCAAGGAAAAAAAGCACUUUUUAGUGGAGACUGAGCGCUCAGGGGCAGGGAAUAACAGACUAGCUGCAGGAUGUGUACUGGAUGUGAUACAUUGUGUGUAAUUUGCCAUAAUAUUAAAACACUUGUUCUAACCUGAUAAAUGUAGCUUGUACAUCUACAUUACUCUUACGGUUAAAUAAUCAAAAGUUUGGCGCACUCAAAUAAAAUUUCUAUUAUGUUUGAUCAUCUUUUGCACAUCUGGUUUAAUCACUGGUGGGUCUAAAUUUAUUGUAGUUUAUGUGGAUUAUGAUUAGUUUGAAUGCAUGAUGGUUUAUAGUCAGUUUGGUUCAAACUAGGUAAAAUUUAUUCCACGGUUUGUCUUAAUUGAAAAAGUCAUCAGUUGUCAAUCUCCAAUUUUUCUCAGCUGUCAAAUGUGAAAUGUUGUGUAUAACAACUCGUAUGCCAUAUUCAGUAAACAAAUAAAGAUGAGCUUAUCGAAACUAGA